AUGCGCUGUGGCCUUGUCGGCUCGCGCAUCCUCCCCCAUCAUCGUCACAAAGGCUGCGUGGUCGGCGCGGAUCUGCAAAGGAUAAUGACGAGUUUCCAUGUCAAGGGUGGCAAAGUGUUCCACGUCUGGUCUGAGCUGCCGCCCUUGCUGGGGUGCGGAGGCUGGCCGAAGAACAUGGUGCACAUUCAAGCUCCUAAGUACGGGGCUUUCCCUGCUCAGAAAGAUACACGCGCCAGCAAUGUUGUACGCUCUAGUUCCGCGAAAGCAAUGCGCCUGGUUCUCUUCUAUCUUCAGCGUGUAAUCGAUGGCCUUCCUGAGGAUGACACGGACGCGUACCAACGCCUCAUGAACGAGCCCGCGAAUAAACGCCUUCAACCUUUGGCCGCUUUCCUGUACGCACGCGCCCACGAUGACCUUGCUGUCGGCUUGGAGCUUCAAGCGCGCGGAAAGCCUCGCAACCAUCCUGUGGUUCACUCUUUCUAUCAUACGUCUGCUGGCUUUCUCCAGCUUCACUUUUUGAUCCUGCAAAACCUCCGGUCAUUCAUGGCGGCGCUCGUGGAAGACUACAUUAUCCUAGAGGGAAAUCGCUUUCUUGCCGAGGAUUUUUACAAGGAUUUCGGCAUACCCGAGUAA